AUGAGUAAUUGCUUCAGAGAAGAGAUAGAAGAUCUUGCAGUGGACUGUCUGGAAAAGAAGAAUUCCUCCUUACUGAAAAAUGCUUAUGUUAUAUUGGAGUCAACAGCACAGACUCUGGGAGAUUCCAAUACAGAAGCUCUUAUUGUAAACAGGAAUGAAGAAGUCGCUCUCUGCUCCUCCCUGUUCUGGAGACAGCAGCUUCUUUUCGUGCAGUGCCAGCCUCGUUCUAGAGACAAGAUGGUGAAGGUCGGAGUGAAAGGAUUUGACCAUAUUGGACGCCUGGUUACCAGGGCUGCCUUGAAUUCUGGCAAAGUGGACGUUGUUGCCAUCAAUAACCCUUUCAUUGACCUCAACUACAUGGAGCGAGAUCCUGCCAACAUUAAAUUGGGUGAUGUCGGCACCGAGUAUGUUGUGCAGUCGACUGGUGUCUUCACCACCAUGGAGAAGGCUGGGGCCCACUUGGAGGCUAGGGCCAAAAGGGUCAUCAUCUCCGCCCCUUCUGCGGAUGCCCCCAUGCUUAUGAUGGGUGUGAAACAUGACAAGUAUGACAAUUCCCUCAAGAUUGUCAGCAAUGCUUCCUGCACCACCAACUGCUUAGCCCCCUUGGCCAAGGUCAUCCAUGACAACUUUGGCUUCGUGGAAGGACUCAAGACUGUGGAUGGCCCCUCUGGGAAGCUGUGGCAAGACGGCCAUGGUGCUGCCCAGAGCAUCAUCCCUGAAUCCACUGGAGCUGCCAAGGCUGUGGGCAAAGUCAUUCCAGAGCUGAACGGGAAGCUCACGGGCAUGGCCUUCCAUGUUCCUACCCCCAGUGUGUCUGUCGUGGAUAUGACAUGCUGCCUGGAGAAAGCUGCCAAGUAU